AUGGUACGGCGGUUCCUGCGGCGCGGCCACAGCCUCGAUAGGCUCCUGCUGAGAAGGCGCCGAGUCGUGUCGCCCAGUGCCUCAUUCUCGUCCUCGCCGUCGUCUUCCUCGCGUCGCAGCAUGGCCGAGGACGAGGACGCGGCGGCCAUCGCACCGCUGCCGCCUGUGCAGAAGCGGGUGCUGUCGAGGAGCCACGGCUCGCGGGCCACCCCUGGCUGGCUCCAGGACAUGCCGCUGGUGCCGUCAAAGAUCGUCCGUGACAGUGGACUGCCUUCAGACAUGGAGUUGAUGAAGGAGAGGUUUGCCAAGCUGCUCCUUGGGGAGGACAUGUCCGGCACGGGCAAAGGGGUGUCCUCUGCUCUUGCGCUCUCCAAUGCCAUCACGAAUCUUGCAGCUUCUGUAUUCGGGGAACAGCGCCGCCUCGAGCCCAUGUCGGCAGAACGGAGAGCGCGAUGGAACAAGGAGAUUGACUGGCUCCUGUCGGUCACUGACCACAUUGUCGAAUUCGCUCCUUCGCAACAAGUAUCCGAGGAUGGAACCAACAUGGAGGUGAUGGGCACCCAGCAGCGCAGGGAUCUCCUCAUGAACAUCCCCGCCUUGCGAAAACUCGACGAAAUGCUCCUCGAGUAUCUUGACAAUUUCGACGAGGACCAGGAAUUCUGGUACGCGUCGAAUGACGCCGAUGAGAGCGAGGAGGACACGGCGAGGCAGGGCGACAGGUGGUGGAUGCCGACGGUCAGAGUCCCUCCCGAGGGCCUAUCGGAAGCGUCGAAGAGGUGGCUUCAGCACCAGAAGGACCUUGUUGGGCAAGUGCUCAAGGCGGCCAUGGCCAUCAAUGCUGAUGUUCUCGCAGAGAUGAAGAUCCCAGAAGAGUAUAUCGAGUCUCUGCCCAAGAAUGGAAGGUCCAGUCUCGGAGAUUCGAUAUACAAAGUUAUAACAGAUGAUCUUUUCGAUCCCAACGAGCUCCUAAAUUCUGUAGAUCUGUCAACAGAGCACAAGAUUGUCGAUCUCAAGGACCGAAUCGAGGCCUCUGUCUUCAUCUGGAAGAGGAAGAUCUGCAACAAGCUAUCGUGGGGCCCCGGCGUCAGCUUGGAGAAGCGAGAGCAGUUCGAAGAGCGAGCACAAACCGUCCUGCUCAUCCUCAAGCACAGGUUCCCUGCCAUUCCUCAAUCAUCGCUUGACAUAAGCAAGAUUCAGUACAACAAGGAUGUUGGGUAUGCCAUCUUGGAGAGCUACUCCAGGAUUCUUGAGAGCUUGGCCUUUGCAGUUAUGUCUCGGAUCGAAGAUGUGCUUCACGCCGACGCCAUUGCUCAAGAUCCAAAGCGCACAAAAUCAAGGAGAAGGCCUAGUCUAAUGGACAUCCCAGACUCUCUUGUUCUUGAUGCAAAGGAUGAAGAAGCCGAGAUGGCGCAUAACAAUUCCGUGCAGUGGCAAGAUCAAGAUCUUGAGGACAGUACGAAGCAUUCUGAGGGUGCAGACUCCAGUUUAGCAAAGCUGAAGAAGGUUCCACGUGUCGCAACAAAGAAGUUUCUGCACAUACAAAAAAUCGAGAACAUGGCGGGUGGAUUGAGAAGCUUUUCUCAGAGGUAG